CUUUUUUUUUUUUUUUUUUUUUUAUUUGAUUUUGGAUUAAAACCAAAAAAAUAAUUAAAAAGUAGAAUGGGGUGCUACCUGAGAAACGCUUAUUUUCUGAUGCCGUUUGUCGCGCUGCACUUCAUCCUGGCCCCCAGCCUGGUGAGUGCGGCCGGACGGAAGUGUGGCUAUAUCUACAAGGGCUUCGCGGAGUGCCUGCUGAGGCUGGGGGACAGCAUGACGGAGAGCAUGCAGCAAGGCGGCGAGGAGCUGCUGGAGAUCGACUCCGUCUGCAGGUCCUGGGAUGAGUUCCACCGCUGUGCCAGCGCGGCUCUGGCGGGCUGCCCUGAUGAGGCGGCUGUGGUGUGGGAGUCUCUGAGGCAGGAGUCCAGGAAGAUGCAGUUCUCUGGGAACCUUUACGACAUGUGCAGCAACCGAGCCAAACCUUCCACCAGCGUGCAGAACCCCAACCAAGAGGAGACCAAUCAGGAGUCCCUGCGGGGCUCCGCCUACCUGCCCGGUCCCGCCCACUUGCUGGCGCUCUCGCUGGCUGCUCUGGUGGUCAGGAUGUAGCUGCGCUCGCUGGGCUGGUCACCUCGGACCCCAAGCCGCUCUGGACUCCAUAAACACUCCAAGACGAUUCACAGCAUCUCUGCUCUGCAGAACACUCAAACUGUGUUCCUUUAUUCAGGAGCCAGGUAACGGACACGCCACUCUGUUAUCUGCCAGCCCAGUUUCUUGUUAGAAGUUCAUUGCGGUACAUUAAUGUUGGCCGACACCUUGCUUCUCCUCACCUCCGAGUCCAGAACUAAUUUUGUACCGUCUCUCCUGCCCCCUAGACACACUCCGCACAUUACACAACAAUACCAGCUCUUUACAUCUAUACAAUUACUUGCUGAUUCAUGAUUAUCUGUGGCUUUAUUAGUGUCAACGGAGAACGGAGCGGACUUUUCCACUUCGAUUCACACCUUGGUGAGAAACGAAAGUGUAAUUGUCCGUUUACAAUCCCAAACACUGGGUAUAACAGACAUCCUUUAACAUAUGGUCCUCAAGGGCACUAUGAUGGCAAUGCAAUGGUUCAGUGGAGGCACAAAGGGCACUCUGGUGUCAUUGGUAGAGUGGAACUAGAUUUUUGAUGUACUUUCCUCAUCCCAGUGGUGUGCCCCAGUAGACGGUGGGAAUCCAUUGCAGUUCCAUGAUACCGUUUUCAGUGCAGCAGUCCGUCCAAAUCCAUUGUGUUGCCAUUGCAGGUCCAGGAUAUCAUAGGCACAGUAGUAGUACAAGUUUUCCAUAUUUCUCUAUAAUAGCUUCCAGGGCUGUUCAAUAUCCCAUGAGUGUCCCUCCUUUAUAUCCAGCUAUGGGAGUGUAAAAGCUGGUGUACCCCACAGCAUUUACCAGCAGCUUGCCAUAAUAGAAAUCUGUAUCCAAUAAAAAUGGGAAAUGCACUUUCACUGAGCACAUAAUGACUGGGCCUUUCUAUUUAUUGACUCUCGCAAGUUUGUAAUAAAUAUUAGGAAAACCAAGCCCACUAGAGAACAUGGUGAGAAUGGAUAGCACACGUUAUUUUGAAAUGCGAAGUGGUACUGCAUUGCUUCUAGGCACCCCUAAUUAUAACAGUUAGUUAUAAUUAGGGGUGGCUGGAAGCAAAGUUUAAAAUGGAUAUGCCACACAGGUCCGCUAGCAGGACGGCAGCCCGUUCGAGUGAGCUUCAGAAGAAACCAACACAGAACGUUCAGGCCGCGCACAUCGUAAUCUAAACUAGGUGUAAGGGAGGGGGUGCAGAAGAUAGACUUAAAUGGAGCUUCUAGAUUAGUACUUGCAUGUAUAAAAUGUCAAUAUUUUAUAAAAACCAUUGGUUCGGAAGUUAUCCUUGGUUUCAUAAUAUCUACAAAUCAAUAACGAGGGAGUGCGGUAAUGAGACAGAAACGAGAUUGAGAAAAGGGGUGAGUGGAGCUCAGAAAAUAGUCCCAAGCAUGCCCUGCCAUGCAGCUCUGUUCAGUACAGGCCCUGCACUUUGAGACCUGUGUACUAAUGGAAAAGCAGAAUGGGUCGAUGGAUGGAAUGGUGUUCUUAGCUACACUGAAAGUAGAUUUUGUAGAUGCCUUUGGGGAUGUAUAUGUAAGGUUUGCAUAAUGUUUACCCAGCACAAUAUCACAUGGGACUUGGGUUACAUCAUUAAUAAUAAUAAUAAUAAUAAUAAUAAUAAUAAUAAUAAUAUACAUUACCUGUCCA